GUUUGGGGGAGGGGGAGGAGGAGGGGGAGGGAGAGCAGGAGCGGCGGCGGUGGUGGCGGCGGCGACGAUGGCAGCUGGCGGGAAACGGAAGAUACCAGGUCCGCCUAUCAGUGCCCGCCGAGGCGACCCGCACGGCCCCUCCGCCGCCCACCCAGCCGCAGUGCACCUGCCACCCCCACCGCAGCCCCCCCUGGGCCCCCGACUCGAACACAUCAAGUCCGGACGAAGAGCCGGCCAACAACGCCCAAAGCCCAUCAUCGAAAUAGCAGACCUGCCGUCACCACCGCAGGACAACAGGGCCGCCGGGGUCUCAGCGGCGGCGGCUGCUGCUGCCGCCGCUGCCGCCGCGGCGACAGCUGCAGUGGCGGCUGCUGCUGACGCCGCCGCCCUGAACGCCUUCGCCGCCUCCUCCGGACCCCUCCCGGGCGCCAGCCGGCACUCGGAGGCGGGGCCUUUGUUCCAGGCGGCGCCGCCGCGUCGCAGCACUGGCGGCGGAGGUGGCGGCGGAGGUGGUGCCGUAUCGCUGGGCGGCGCCAUGUCGGUUGCUGCAGCGGCGGCGGCUGCUGACGCGGACUUCCGGCAGAUGUACGGCAGGCGGCGGCACACGGUGGCACAUGACGUGGGGGUGCUGGCGGGCGGGCUGGGGCAUCUGGUGGGGGGAGGCGGUGGGGGUGGGGGUGGGGGCGGCGGAGGGACGGAGAGCGCGGGAGUGGAUACCUCGGACGACGGCUACGAGGCGCUAGGGCGCACCGCCUCCUCCGACCUGGUCCGCUCCCCCGCCACCCGCUCCGAGUCCAUCAGCCUCAUCCUGCAGCCGCCGCUGCAGCCGCCGCUCAACGAGCGCCUGGCGCGGCUGAAGGGGCGGCUGGCCUCCGCGGCGGCCAUUGCGGCACUGCCACUGCCCGGGGAGGCGCCGGGGCCGCCGGCGGUGCUGGCGGGCGCAGGGGCGGUGAGCAGGAGGGGAG